CCCUGCCAAGUGACCUCAUUACCUCUCUAUGCAAAGAACCCGUUCUGCUGCAAUUCCCAAUGAGAAACAAAGGGAUUCGCUCCCCAUCAUUCCCGGAGAAUCCACCCAUGGGGCUGGAGAGAAUAUAAAGCUGCCAGGAAGCUGCUCCUCAUUGUUCAGGGUCUUUGCCACCCCAGAUACAGGGACCUGCUGAGGAUGAAAGCCUUUCUGGUUGUUCUGGUGGUUGCAUCUGCAUGUGUACAGCCUGCCAGGUCCCUGCAAUGCUACACCUGCAGAGCGCCGACGGAUAUUCGUGGAUGCACCAGGAUUGCCACUUGCAAACCGAAUGAGCUUGCGUGCAGGACAACAGAGCUGUCCGUGGACUCGGGUUAUCCAUUUUUUGGGAACAUCACCAUUACCAGAGGCUGUUCUUCAAACUGCGUGCCAUCCUCUCCCUGGGGAAUUGGGGUAAAGCAUCCCGUUUCCUGCUGCUACACUGACCUCUGCAACUCCAACCCUAACGGGGUUGUGGGGCUGAAAGCCAACCACGCCAUGCUGGGGAUUACGGCUGCUGUCCUCUGCAUCCUCAUCAAGGCCCCCCUGUAAUGCCGUCUCCUGGUGCUCAGACAGGAACCCACCGAACUGAGCGGCUCCGGCACGUGGAGUAUUUAGGUGUUCAUGGGAAUAAGCUGCUUUUGUUUGAUUCGUGGCACUGAAUCUGAAAGGACCUGGGAGGACCCAGAUGCUGAACCCUGCAGCAAUAUUCUGCUAGGCUGGAAACCGGUGGGCUGCAUGCUACCACCUCGGCCCUGCAGGUAUGGGAGCUCAGGGAGAGCCAGGCUGUCUGGGGGUGGGGGGUGAGGAGGGUUGUUCUCUCUGCUGCUCUGUUUUGGGGCUGUAGCAGGAACAGGGGAAAAAAUGACUUUGUCUUACCAGCCAAUGAGUCCAGGAAGGGGCAUGGUGACCGGCUGGUGCAUGGGGAGUCUGAGCCUCUUUGCUCCCAGCUCUCGUGGACGCCCAGCUGAUUUGUGCACAGGGCCCAGCACCCAACUCCGUCUGUGCACCGCUUUCAUUGCUCGUUCCCAGCUCCAAAGCACUGCCACCCCCAGACUUGAUGCCCCAGAAGCAGAUUUGCUGCUUGAUCCCACCCCGAAUCAGUGGAGGCUCUCCUUGUCUCUCGGGAAUUUGCUCAGCGAACCCUUUGGUCCGAAUGUCAGGAGACCUGGCUUCCAACCCUGGCCCUGAAGAAGGACUCCCAACAGGUAGAACAAGGUCUCCGUGCGGUGAUAACAGGGCUCCUCCAUUUCCUGCUCAUAAGCCACCUCCUCCUAAGGAAGCCUGACAGUUCAAGGGGCCAAAGGGGAAGCAUGUCUCUGCUCUCGAAGAAGGCACACCUGAAGGAUCAUGAAGAAGAGCUGAACUUCCCCCUUUGCAUUGUUGCAAUGAACAAAGCCUUUCCAUGCGGUCCCCCAAGAAGGGUAAGCUGGCAGCAGGAGGGAGCUUAGAGGCUCGUGUUCCCCCUGGCAGGGCUGUGAGUGUCCGGCAAAUAAAGUCACAUCCAGUGGUUCGGCACAAAUAAAGUCACGUCCACUGGUGUUUCUUUCUGCACAGCCCCCAUUUACCCCUCGGGAUAAUAAACCCCUUGGAGUUGCCAGUGGUGUCCGUAGCACAAGGGCUGGACAAGCAAUGGAAAGGUCCCUCCUCCUAUAAGUAUCAGCUUCAAUCUAGGCAGAAGUGGGGCUCUGGAGAUUGGCAGGGCAUUUCAACAGGGUCCCAGCCCUCUAAGCAGCCCCCUAUUGCAGGGGAUCCCCCUCUACCUUUGCAUGCCCUCACUUCCAUGCACACACCCUCCUGCCAGGAGGCAGAGAUGGUGAGAGGAAGGUUGCCUUAUUCCAGCACUCACCAGAUGCCAAAUAGCCAGGGGUCACGAUAGUUGUGGGAGUGGUGCAGGUGGGAACAUCACAAGCUGGGAUCAUGGGAUCAUAGGAAAAUGGGGCUGGAAGGGACCUCAUGAGAUCAUAUCUCAUCCAGCCCCCUGCUCAGGACAGGACUAGCCCCGAUUAAACCAUCCCAGCCCAGUGUCUGUCCAAACUGCUCUUGAAAGCUGCCAAGGAUGGAGAUUCCCCGGUUCUCUGGACAACCCGCACGGGCGGAUGCAGGGGGGUGCAAUGGUGCAGUUGCAACCCCUUUGAUUGCUGCUCCAUCCAAACUUUAAAACCAACUGCUUGGGAGAGGCAGUGGCAUUUCUAUUCAGGCAGGGCUGAGGCAGUCAAUGGACUUCUUGGCUCAUUGUCAUCUCCUGGAUUCCUGCUAAUCUCUCUCCACUCCACACCUUCAGGCCUUUCUAAUGGCUCUUGAUGUCCCACUAUUCACACUAUCCUUUCUUCUGGAGUUUUGUCCAUUAGCUGUUUCAGAUAAUGUCUCUUUUCUACUUCAGAGCCCCGCAGACUGUUUUUAUCUCUAGAUAAAGCCUUAACUCCAGUGUAGUAAUAUUAACUCAGAUGCAUAAAUGACUGACUGAAGUAUUGGAGGCACUGUCCAGAUGUUCAAUACGGCUUGAUUUUGCUUUAUGAAUCUGAACGAGAGCCGUGCAUUUAAUUAUAAUGACUACGGGACUAAUGGCACUAUAUCAAAGCAGAAGAAUCACUGCCCUUGAUUUGAAGACUUGGUUUAAAAUAUUUGCAAACUG